UUGAUUUAGCGUAGCUCCAGCGGGCAAGAAACGCUUAAUUUAGUAGUAGUUACUAAUUGAACAUUAGCAAAAUAACUACGACGGCAGUUAACCUCACGGGGCCACUAGGCACAUACAACGCAUUACCCAUAAAGUGUUGGAGAAGCCAGAAAACUAGAAGCAUAUAACUACAACAACAAACAUUACAACAAACAAAAAUAAACAACCCAAGCUUUGAUUUAAUUAAUUAAUUCAAGUAAAGCUUUCCGGAGAGCACUCGAACUCGAAUGACAAAAUGAAAGUCCAUUGCAGAGACGUUUUAACCAUGGUCGUGUCUGGUCUAGCGGCGGCAUUAAUCGUUGUCAUACUUGGCUGUUUUAUUCUGCGUUAUACCGGGGCAGAUAAAAAUGUCAUCAAGCCAAGUUUUACGGUCGACCAUAAGGAGAACACAUUCCUCUUGGAUGGAAAACCAUUUCAGUACAUUUCGGGAUCCUUCCACUAUUUCCGUGCUCACCCCAGGGCAUGGCAGAAACGUUUACGCACCAUGAAGGCGGCUGGACUUAAUGCAAUCGAAACCUACGUGGAAUGGUCUUUGCACAAUCCCCACGAUGGUGAAUAUGUCUGGACUGACAUAGCAAAUGUGGAACGCUUUAUAGAAUUGGCCCAAGCCGAAGGAUUCUAUAUCAUUUUGCGUCCAGGUCCCUUUAUAUGUGCUGAGAGAGAUAAUGGUGGCCUUCCUCAUUGGCUGUUCACAAAAUAUCCCGGCAUACAAAUGCGCACCAAUGAUGCCAACUACACUCAAGAAGUUUCCGUGUGGUAUUCGAAACUAAUGCCACGCAUUCAACGUUUCCUUUACGGCAAUGGGGGUCCAAUUAUAAUGGUCCAAGUGGAAAACGAAUAUGGAGCCUUUUAUGCAUGUGAUCAUGACUAUUUGAAUUGGCUGAGGGAUGAGACAAGGAAAUAUGUUAAAGAUAAUGCCUUACUUUUUACAACCGAUAUACCCAAUGAUCGGAUUCAAUGUGGCAAAAUUGAGGGGGUUUUCGCGACGAUAGAUUUUGGUUUUGAUAGGGUUAAUGAAAUCGACAAUCUUUGGAAGAUUUUGAGAUCUGUACAACCCACUGGGCCAUUGGUAAAUUCCGAAUUUUAUCCUGGUUGGUUGACCCAUUGGCAGGAGGAAAAUCAGAGACGUGACCCCAAGUCAGUGGCAGAGGGUUUCCGAAAACUUCUGGAAUACAAAGCCAAUGUGAAUUUUUACAUGUUCUUUGGAGGAACAAAUUUCGGUUUCACCGCUGGCGCCAAUGAUUUUGGUGACUCAAAAUACACCCCUGACAUUACAUCUUACGAUUAUGACGCCGUUAUGGAUGAAAUGGGCAAUGUCACCAAGAAAUUCGAAUUGAUUCGUGAAGUUAUACGAGAUUUUCGCGAAGUACCCAAAAUUGAGAUAGUACCAGAAAAAUCAUUUGCCUAUGGACGUGUUGAAAUGGCCCCCGUAAUGAAUUUACUGUCGCAAGAGGCCCGAGCCAUUUUGGCCAAGGGAAAGGCGCGCAGCUCUCUAAAACCCAUGACCUUUGAAGAGUUGGAUCAAUAUUCUGGUUUGAUACUUUAUGAGACAAGUCUCCAAGGUAUAAUUGCGGGCGAGACAUAUGUCUUGACUCUCAAUGACUUACGGGAUCGUGCCUUGGUCUAUGUAGACCAGCAAUUCAAGGGAAUUUUGUCCCGACAAAAUGCCAACUUCUCCAUAACCUUAAAUGAUCUACACGACUCGAAACUACAACUGCUUGUGGAAAAUCAAGGACGCAUUAAUUUCAACAUUGCCAAUGACACAAAAGGCAUUUUGGGUGCCAUUACCCUGCAGCCACUUAAUGCCGAUAAGGUAACAAUUCUCAAUGACUGGCUAAACACCGCCUUCCCGCUGGAGGAACCUCAAGUAACAGAUAUCUUGACUGGGGUACAAAAUAAUAGUUUGUCAUUUAUGGAAGAUGAUACGACGGCAUCUCUUCAUCGAGGUCCCGUUAUUUACUAUGGUGAAUUUGUUGUAACGGAGGAACAUCACACCUAUCUUAAUCCCUCGGGGUGGGGUAAAGGUGUUGCCUUUGUAAAUGGUUUUAAUAUCGGACGCUAUUGGCCACUGGCAGGGCCACAAAUCACCUUGUAUGUUCCUCAGGAAAUUUUACACAAGGGUCGUAAUUCGUUGGUUUUGCUGGAAUAUGAGCAGACAAAUCGUAAAGAACCGGGUACCAAUCCACACAUUACGCUGGACGAUAAGGCGCAAUUGGAUGGUUGAAAAUGGAGCAUCCUGAUGGAGGGAUCUGAUAUUUCCUUAUAUUUUUUAUUGUUGUUUUAUUUUAAGAGAAUUUAAAUAAAUAAAUAAAAUAUAAAACAGA